AUGGAUAAAGAGAAUCUUACAGUGUUCAAUGAAUUCAUCUUAAUGGGCAUCACAAACCACCCUGAGUUGCAGGCUCCCUUCUUUGGGCUGUUCUUCAUCAUCUACAUGGUCUCACUGCUGGGCAAUUUGGGCAUUAUCAUCCUCACUGAGGUGGACUCCAGGCUACAAACACCCAUGUAUUUUUUUCUCAAACACCUGGCUUUCAUUGAUCUUGGUAACUCAACAGCUGUGGGACCCAAAAUGUUGGUAAAUUUUGUAGCUAUUCAAAACAUAAUUUCCUACAAUUGGUGUGCUACACAGUUAGCAUUCAUUAUCUUUUUUGUCCUUAAUGAGCUUUAUAUUCUCGCAGCAAUGGCUUAUGACCGAUACGUGGCCAUCUGCAACCCUCUGCUCUACACAGUCAUCAUGUCAAAAAGAGUUUGCUGGGUGCUGGUGGUAAUCCCGUCUCUAUACAGUGCCUCUCUUUCUCUGGUAACCACCAUAAAAAUUUUUAUCUCUACCUUCUGUGGCAAUAAUGUUAUCAGUCAUUUCUAUUGUGACAGUCUUCCCUUGUUGACUUUGAUUUGCUCAAGUACACGAGAGACUGAGUUAAUAAUAUUGAUCUUUUCAGCAUUUACUUUUGUUUCAUCUCUUCUGAUCAUCCUUGUCUCCUACAUUCUGAUCCUCCUGGCCAUCCUUAGGAUGAACUCUGCAGAGGGCAGGAGUAAAGCCUUCUCCACCUGUGGGUCUCACCUGACAGUGGUAGUUGUAUUAUACGGGACUCUAUUCUUCAUGUAUGGGCAGCCCAAGUCCAGUCACUCCUUUGAUACUGACAAGAUGACCUCUUUAUUUUACACCCUGGUGAUACCCAUGCUGAAUCCCAUUAUCUAUAGUUUGAGAAAUACAGAGGUUAAAGGUGCCAUGUGGAGGUUAUGGGAAAAUAUGUGCAAACGUCUCAUUUCAAGUCCGAUAUAG